UGAAUUGCGCAUGCGCGAGGAGGAGGCUUCAUUGCGCUGCCAGCUCAGCUGACAGCAGCGAGGCGGUCAGAUGAUCAUGGCAGACUCUGGAAGUAGCGAAGAAGCAGCCGUGAUUGGCAACACCGACAUUACUUCUACGGAGUCAGAGAACAACAUUAUAAACACGAUGGUGGAGAGAGGAACAUCUCUGUUGAAGAAAAUGGAGAUAAGUGUGGCCGAGGCGGAAAAGAGAACAGGGAAGAACACUGUCAAUAUGCAAGAAACCUACACGGUCUACCUCAUAGAAAUACGGCAAGCUGAAUCUGCCACAGAAGGAGGUACGCCAGCUGCUCCCGACACUCUGUGGAGACGCUACAGUGAGUUUGAGCUUCUCAGAACUUACCUCCUGGUCACCUACCCCUAUAUUAUCAUCCCUCCACUGCCAGAGAAAAGGGCUGAGUUUGUGUGGCACAAGCUUUCAGCCGACAACCUGGACCCAGACUUUGUGGAACGGCGCAGAGUUGGUCUGGAAAACUUCCUCCUGCGUGUUGCAUCGCACCCUGUUCUCUCCAAUGACAACAUUUUCUUCCAUUUUCUCACAGAGGAAAAAGGGUGGAGGGAGGCGGUUUUGGAUACUGGUUUCCAAGAUAAGGUGGACUCCAGACUCAAGUCAUUGAGUGCCAUGCUGAGAGUCAAAAGCCCAGAUAGGCGAUUCACAGCACUCAAGCAGUACAGUGACGAGUUGAACGCGGUUGUUUCUCAGCUACUCAGGGUUAGAGCGCGUGUUGCAGACAGACUCUAUGGAGUUUACAAAGUCCAUGGUAAUUACGGCAGAGUUUUCAGUGAGUGGAGUGCCAUUGAAAAAGAGAUGGGAGAUGGACUGCAGAGUGCAGGUCACCACAUGGACACGUAUGCUGCUUCAAUAGAUGACAUUCUGGAAGAAGAGGAGCACUACGCGGACCAGCUGAAGGAAUAUCUCUUUUACACUGACGCAGUAAGGUCAGUGUGUAGGAAACACGAGUUGAUGCAGUACGAGCUGGAGAUGGCAUCUCAGGACCUCGCGUACAAGAAACAGCAGAAGGAGGAGCUGGUGACUGGGACCGUCCGGAUCUUCUCUCUGAAGGGAAUGACCAGUAAAUUGUUUGGCUCAGAGAGCCAGGAACAGAGGGAGAGCAGGUUAUCUGCCCUAGAACAGAGCAUCGAAGAGGGGAUAGAGGCCGUGAUGGAGAAGAACACAGAGUGCCGAGAUUUUGUACGAGCUGCAUGGGAGGACAUUGAACGCUUCAAGGAGCAGAAAGACAAAGAUUUGCGUGAAGCACUCAUCAGUUACGCCAUAAUGCAGAUCAGCAUGUGUAAGAAGGGAAUCCAGGUGUGGUCCAACGCCAAAGAGUGUUUCAACAAAAUGUGAGCUGCUUCAGACUCCGGUCACACUCUCCACCCUGGCAUUGUCUGAGGUUGCACAGAUGGGGACCAUGUACUAUUUUCAGUUUUUGUGCUACAAUCUUGUGAGGAUGUUCUAGAAGCCCAAAUACUGCCUCUGCUUUUCCUGCAACUCUUGUGAUGAUUAUUCUGUCAAUUUCUUUUCUCAUCCUGUACAAACACGUUUGUUGGAAUACAUUACAAAUUAAAUGCAUAAUUUAAUGAAUUUAAUUGCCUUUUUUAAAUUCAACUGUCUUAACCUUUUUAUACCUUUUUUUGCUGUUUUGAAUUUGGUACUGCAGAAAAUCUGAAAUUUCAAUGUUUUGGUACAAAGUUGACACUAAGCAAAAGUUAAAUCCUUAUAACUUCUGGAAGCUUUAACUGCACUAACUCAUUUUGGACCAUUUUGUAUCUUGAAAUGAGGCUGUGGAUUCAUUUCCCAAAUUAUAGCAACAAGUGAACUAAAAAAAUGAAGAACAUGCUGAUUAUGUUUGAAGCUAUGAGAUUUAAAGUCUCUGAAAAAUGGCUGAAUUCUUAUUUUAGCUAAAUAAUUUAACUCAAAAAGCUCCUUUUUUUCUGAAACAAGCUGUUUAAAAAACACUUCAUGUAAAUAUAUUUUUUCCUUUGUUACACUUGUAUUGUACUGUACUACACUAAUAAUUAAUAGCUGACGAACAUGUUGAUCACCAAGUGCAUUUUUAAUGGUACUAAUCAAAAGGGAGCAAGCAGGGCUAAUGAAUAUUCUUUGCACUCGAUCUCUAGAGAGACCCACAGUUCUGAAUUUAUGGCCUUUUUUUUUUUUGCAACCUGAUGACUCUUCUCACCUUUUGUCGGAGUGCCUCACCUUUGGAGUUCUGCUGACUAAACCGGCUUUUCUGUCGCUUUUUUCUAUUUAUCUUACAGAAAACUUCAAAGUUUGUUGCCAAAUGGAUCUGACAUCUGAAUGUUGUGCUCAGCUAAGCUAAACUUUGACAGAAUUAACAAAAUCCAUGUUUUUUUCUAGUAAAUACAUCAAAUGUAAUUAUGCUGCCUGAACUCUAAUAAACUUUUUUGAUGAAGCA